AAAAAUGAACGCAUGAAGAAGUCUUGUCUUGAAGCGCCAUGUUUAGCGUUUAGCUUUUUGGCAGUUGUUUUCCUUCAGUCGGUGUUACGAAAUUCUAUAAAAAUUUUAAGCAACUUUUGGCAAUAAUUUCCGUAACUGCGGUCCCCCGUUCACCAAACAUGGAGCCGACCAUGUCAAUAACGGUAUGUAACGAUGAGAAAGUGACUCGCUAAACCCGGCAGCCAAUAACAUGUUCAUGAAGUGCAACGGCCACAAAGAUUGCCAGAAUGUCGACAAGCAACUCCCAGAGCCAGUCUGCCUCCCAGCAGAAGACUCUUGGCAUGACCUCUGCCAUCAGCCAAGCCCUUCCCAAGGCCAUCGACCUCCAGAGAACCAAGGAACUGGAGGAAGCCCUCAAGCCCUAUGAUGUGUUUGAGACGGAGGCGGAACUCGACCAUCGAAUGCAAAUAUUGAGCAAGCUCAAUAAUCUGGUCAAAGAAUGGAUAAAGCAUGUAUCGAUACAGAAGAACAUGCCCCCAAAUGUUGCAGAACAAGUUGGUGGGAAAAUUUACACAUUUGGUUCUUAUCGGCUCGGGGUGCACCAGAAGGGUGCUGAUAUUGACGCCCUUUGCGUGGCUCCUCGUCAUGUAGAGCGAUCAGAUUACUUUUCAUCAUUCUUUGAACUACUCAAGGCCCAGCCCGAAGUUUCCGAUCUCAGAGCGGUUGAGGAUGCCUUCGUACCUGUGAUCAAGAUGGAAUUUGAUGGAGUUGAAAUAGACAUGCUGUUUGCUCGGCUGGCUCUCAGGGAAAUCCCCGACGACAUGGAUUUGCACGCCGACACUUUGCUGCGGAAUUUGGAUCAAAAAUGCGUGAGAAGCCUUAACGGCUGUCGAGUCACAGAUGAAAUCCUUAGACUGGUCCCUGACAAAGAUUCCUUCAGGUUGACCCUUCGCGCUAUAAAACUGUGGGCAAAAAGACAUGGUAUUUACAGCAACGCUUUAGGAUUUCUAGGUGGUGUUUCGUGGGCCAUGUUGGUGGCUCGAACUUGCCAACUCUAUCCCAACGCAGCACCGGCCACUCUCGUCAGCAAAUUUUUCCUUGUAUUCUCACAAUGGAAGUGGCCGCAGCCCGUUCUCCUCAAGCAACCCGACUCUGUCAACCUUGGGUUCCCUGUUUGGGAUCCUAGAGUCAAUGUGGCUGACCGCUUCCACCAAAUGCCCAUCAUCACUCCUGCGUACCCACAACAAAAUUCGACAUUCAACGUGUCUCUCUCCACGAGGACCAUCAUGCAAGAAGAGUUCAAAAAGGGUUUGCAAAUCACCGACGACAUAAUGCAGGGAAAGUCCACCUGGGAUGCGCUCUUUGAGCCUCCAAAAUUCUUCCUCAAAUACAAGCACUUCAUUGUUCUGCUUGCCUCUGCGAAUAGUGCAGAGGAUUUGCUAGAAUACACCGGCUUGAUUGAGUCAAAAAUUAGGCAUUUGAUAGGCAAUCUGGAGCGAAACAAAUUCAUCACCAUUGCUCACAUCAACCCAAAAAGCUACUCACCACCCGAAGAUACAGUUCCGGAAAAAUUCUGCAACAUGUGGUUCAUUGGCUUAGAGUUUGCGAAGACCGAAAACCUAAACAUAGACUUGACUGUUGAUAUUAAAGCAUUCACUGACAUGGUUGAUAGGCAAGCUCAGAAAAUGGGAAAGGAUGGUGUAAAGAUAGAUGCUAAAUACGUAAAGAGGAAACAACUCAACCAGUAUUUGCCUGUCUCAGUGACUGGCGCUUUGAAGCGAGAACGAAAGUCAAGCACGAGUUUGGUGAAUUCUCACCUCAAUGGCAGCACCGACAAUGCCAAUGCUGCAUCGAGUCCGAGCCCAGCGAAACGAAGAAAGUCCGAGGGCAGCAUCGACGGUCCGAUCACAAACAAUCGUACUGGAAACGGAAAUGGCAACGGCGAACUAAUGGUUUUACGCGGAGGCGACGACUCCAAUUCCAUCUUAGACGACUCGUCCAACUUGUCCCUGGUACAGGAGUCGCAGGAUUUGAAUGGACGUCCCCUGGACUCGAGCAUGGAAGCAGCCGCCUUGGCAAGCGUUACUGGCCAUGCAGAGCAGCAGGCCAGUGAGCAGCCGGCGGCUAAGGAGGCGAGUGUCUGUUCGUAGUUGGUAAGUUUGGAUUUCAGGAGGGUAAAAGACACCUCUGGACCCUCACUUACUAAUAAUCACAACAUUCAAGUGACAUCUUGUGUAAAUAUCACUUAGUUUCGGUGUUCAAUGAUUUUAAUCAAUUGCGCCUGGGGAUUUUCAUCUAGAUUUUUUUAUCGGAGGAAAGUUGACGUAGGCUGAAGUAUUUGCGGCAUAGAUAGUGCGGCUGAUAAAUUAAAUAUUAUUUCAAUUUUUUUAACAAAUGGAAGAAUUGUCUUUUGUUUUACUGAUAAGGUCAAACUUAUACCAUUAUGAUCAACAUAGCCUGCGUCUCUGUCAUAUUUUUUUAUGAGACCUGGCACCUUUUAAUAUGCAAACUCGGCCAAAACGCAAUCAAGCUGUUUAUUUUUCCACUGCGACUGUUUCUUGUAAUUUUUCCAAUCGGGUUUUAAUUACGUACUGUAGUUUUUUUCUUUUGCAGCGUUGGCCGAUGUACUUCUUGUAAUUUAGUCGCAAUCGGAAAUGAAUCGACAGACAAUUAUAAAUAAUGAAAUGUCUGUCUUUGGAACUAGCAUUUUCCAAUUUUGAUUUGGUGACCUAUUAUAACGUUUGAAUUUUUUAUCAUUAAUGUGCAAUUUGCCCUGUCAAAUAGAAAAGAAUAAAUUUUUGACCAUCAUAACAGGUCAGAAGAAUGGAAAGUAAAUUGUUCGCAUUAAUUCCUCACUGGACAGGUUCAAGAAAAAUAAAUCAAUGUGCAGACAAAGCAUUCAUUCGAAAUGCCGCGACGGGAAUUUAAAUAGGGGUGUAAAAGUAAUACUUACAAUUAAUUAUCAACCGAUCGCAAUUAUUGCACAUAAACACUUGAAUAGUUGAAGAUUCCGUGACAAAAAUUAGCUGACUUUUCGUCGUUUCAUUUUUUUUAUAAGUGUGGUUGGAGUUGUAGAGAUUUGGCCACUCAUUUGUAACCAUUUUUAAACGACGCAUUUUAUUACGAUAAAUGAAGAAAAUAUGGAAAUGUAAUAAAAAAAAAAUGAAAUAAAAAAUAUAUGAGAAAUGUGUGCAUGUGUCUUGAAGCCACUUAAACUAAUCACUGCAAGAUGUGCAAAUCGACACACGAAUAUUCAUUACUCUAGAAAUUGUACGAUGUAUCAUUGGUUGGUUAACUAUAGUGUCCUCUAUGUAACCAUUUUAAUUCAAUAAAGGUACCAAAUUCCACAAACACCAAA